ACAAGGCGAAAGGUAAUGUAAGCAACAUGAGAGUAGAUAUCUUAUUGGUAAAGUUUAAUAGGAGUAAUCUAAAAUGGACUGGUUCCACUGUAAUCAGUGCUUUACAAGGAGUGGGUCGAAGUUUGCUGUGAGCAGCUGCGGCCACAUCUGCUGUGAAGCAUGCAUUACAUCUGAGCAGUGCAGUGUCUGUGGAGCCACCUGCAGUUAUCUGCCCAUCACAGACCAGAUGAAGCCUCAAGAAAGGGUGUUUUUCAAAGAUCCUGUGAAGCUCAUCCAGUCCCGGCUGGAGCACAUCUCACAGAUUGCACUUUUUCAGCGGACACAGAUGGAAAGAGUCACGGCACACUUCAAGCAUAAGUCUGUGGAGCUGGAAAGGCAUCUGAAGGAAGUCAGUGAGCAGGCUUACAGGCAACUCUCCGAGCUGAAAAGAGAGAAUGCUAACUUUAAAAAGCAGCUUUCAGAACUGAAAAGAGAGACUGCUGAUUUGAAAAAGCCCCUUUCUCAGCGGCGGGUUUCACCAGGACAGUUUCAAAUAGAUGGAAAUCAAAGAAUGUCACUCCCUGUGGCUGUCACCUCCCCAGUUACCCCUCGUCCAAGAACCAUGAGUUACAUGGGCUCAGCGGAGUCUCAGGUGUGGGCCAGAGACAGGGGUCAUAGUCUAUCCUCUCUCACAACUCCUGGAUCAGCUACCUCUAUUCACAGCCACAGUUCACUUCAUGGACAUGCACACAGUAAGUGUUGUGAAGACGCUUUGGCUGUAACAUGCAGUCCUUCUUUAAUCAUUAAUCCUUUCACCUCUGUCUUUGAAAAGGAACUCCCACAUCCUACAACACUCCUGCAAGAACUCAGCGUCAGACUCCUAAUGCCUUCCAGUUCCCGUUUAUGAGUGGAUUAUCAUUACAGUCACCCAGGCACUGAUGAAGCUGGGAUAUUUUUGUCAGUUGAUGUCUACAUCAGCUUUGUUUUCUUAGUUAAAGAAAAACAUGUUUUUGCCCAGUAACAGUUGGAUGUUGAUUUAAUGUCACAAUUUAUCAUUGUUCCAUUGACGUUACCCUGUGGUUCCAGAUUAUCCUAUUGUUAUUGAUUGACCGUUUUACUGCCAUAAAUUGAUGUUCAAUUUAUGGCAGUACAAUUGUGUGUGUUUCUACAAAUUGCUUUUGCUUGGAGUUUACAUUGAUAAAAAAAUAAAUGUUAUCCGUAA